CGGAAGUGCGGGGUGAGCCGUAAGACCGGGGAAAGCAGCGGAGGGGCCGGAAGGAGGAGGAGCCACCAAUCAAUCAGUCAAUCAGUCAAUCAAUCAAUCAAUCAAUCAAUCAAUCAAUCAAUCAAUCAAUCAAUCAACAAAUCAACCAAUCAAUCAAUCAAUCAAUAAAGGAGAUGGCCAGAACGGAGGUGAGCGGGCGUAGAGGAGGUGGCCGCGUAGACCGCAGAUGGGCGGAGGUGGGCGGAGGUGGGCGGAGGUGGGCAGGUGGAGCGAAGGUCGGCGGAGGUGGGCGAAGGUUGGCGGAGGUGGGCGAAGGCGGGCGGAGGGGAUUGGGAAUGGGAUCGGGAAGCGGAAGCGGAGGUAGCAAAGUUGCCACGUGGCGAUCUAGCCACAGGCCGAAGCGGAGGGGGAGGUGGCGAACUUGCCACAGGCCGAAGCGGAGAGCAGAAGCGGAAGUGGCGAGAAGAGGAGCCCGAAGCGGAGAGCAGCGGGGCCCGAAGCCGAAGCGGGGACAAACGGGGAGAAGCAACGACAACCGGGGAGAACCGGGGAGAAGCGGAAGUGGCGAGAAGUGGAAGCGGGAGGCGGAGGUGGCGAUCUUGCCACGUGGCCAUCUUGUCACGUGGGAGGGGGGGGUGGCGAGCUUGCCACUUGGAGAACUUGUGAUUGCCACGUGACGAUCUUGUCACGUGGGAGGGGGAGGUGGCGAGCUUCGUCAGGUGGGGUCCGAUUGGCAUUGCAGUUAGUCGGGUCCACUCGUGAUUGCGGUUGCGUCAGCAUGUGUGUGUGUGCGCGCAAGACAGCUAUGGCGUAUCUUAGAGAAUGGCGCGACAACUAUGAUUGCAGUCGCGUCAGCAUGUGUGUGUGUGCGCGCAAGAAAAAUGAGUGAUUCAGAUCUCUCUCCCUCUCUCAAUCAAUCAAUCAAUCAGCAAAGGGGGGGGAAGGGGGAGGCAUCGAAAUCAAUCAAUCAAUCAACCAUUCAAUC